GACACCUGCCGCUGCGCCGGACUUUGUCUGGGGCGGAGGACCGAAAGCUUCCGCUUGGGUAAGAGGGCGGGCUGCUGCCGCUGACAGGCCAGAGCCCGUGCUACCCGGUGGCCUGACUGCUGCCGCUCAUCCGUCUCCGUGCGACACACAGCGCCAUGCAAGCCCGCGGCCCCAGCGCCCUCCCCGCGACCUCCUGGAGGCUAUCCGUCCUGCAGCGCCACCUCACUGCAAUUCCAGUGUCAGGCCAAGUUGCCACAGUCAGCUAUCCAUCCGAUCUCAAGUACACCUUGGAUAAUGAUCUCCUGACUUUAGAACAGAGGCGGUUCUAUGAGGAAAAUGGCUUCCUUGUUAUCAAAAACUUGGUAUCAGCAGAAGACAUUGAGAGCUUCAGGAAGGCGUUUGAAAGAAUUUGUAAGAAAGAAGUAUCUGCCCCCGGACUAGUGGUCAUGAGAGAUGUGGUUAUUGCUAAAUCUGAGUAUGUUCCAGACCAAAAAGCUGUCACCAAGGUCCAGGACUUCCAGGAAGUUCCGGAGUUAUUCAGAUACUGCAGCCUGCCGCAGAUUUUAAAGUAUGUGGAGUGCUUCACAGGUCCCAACAUCAUGGCCAUGCACACCAUGCUGAUAAACAAGCCUCCUGAUGCAGGUAAAAAGACCUCUCGGCACCCGAUGCACCAGGAUCUGCACUACUUCCCCUUCCGCCCCGCAGAGCUCGUGGUGUGUGCUUGGACAGCUAUGGAGCGCAUUGAUCGCAGCAAUGGUUGUCUGGUUGUCCUCCCAGGCACACACAAGGGUACGCUUCUACAGCAUGACUACCCCGAGUGGGAGGGAGGUGUGAAUAAAAUGUACCACGGUGUCCGUGACUAUGAUCCCAACACACCCAGAGUGCACCUCGUCAUGGAAAAGGGGGACACUGUGUUCUUUCAUCCUUUGCUUAUCCAUGGAUCUGGAAUGAACAGAACCGCUGGGUUUAGGAAGGCGAUUUCCUGCCAUUACGCCAGUGCAGAUUGUCAUUACAUCGAUGUGAAGGGCACCUCUCAGGAGAACAUUGAGAAAGAAGUGGCUGAAAUUGCUCUGAAGCGCUAUGGGGUGGAAACAGAAAUCGAUUUUAAGGAUGUCUGGAUGGUCAGAGGUCGUAUUGUUCACGGGAUUAGAACAAACCUUUAAUUGGGGUUUCGUGAUUGCGUCUGAAAGGAAGAAGGCAGCCCCAAUAAGGGUUUAUACUGCAUAAUGAUAUCCAUAAUUACUGCUAGCAAAGUAAAUGUGAUAACAUGAAAAACAUUUCUUAAUUAUUGCUGCUAUGUCAAAGAUGAACUUGGUACAUCCCUGUGUGUCUGAUAAACUUUCACGUGGUAAUAAUCAA